CUCGGCCCCCUCCUCGCCGCCGGCCUGUGAAUGGGACGCUUCGCUUCUCAAUGAAGCCGCGGGGGGCCCGGGCGGCGCGCUCCCCCCGCUCGCGCCCACUCGCGCCCCCGCGGCUCCUGAGGAACCGGGCGGAGAGGCCGCCGCGCAGGGGCCCCGAGGGCCGCUCCCGUUCCGGGGCAGCGCAGCGCGGCCGAGAGGCGGGACGCCGGGGAGGCCGGCGGCCGGCGGGAGGUUUCCGCCGCGGCCCUCCUCUCGGGGCUUCCGAAGUUCUCGGUUUCACGCUUCCCUUUCCGAGCCCGCUGGACUCCUAGCCCCUGGCCGGCGCUUUCCUCCUCCGCCCCCGGGAGAGGAGGGGAGGUGCAAGGAGAGGGCCGGAGAAAAUCAGGAAGGGUUUCCGCUCGGAAGAGAGCGGCGGGCCUGCGCUGCUGCUUAACAACAGAGGCGGCGUUUGCGGCCGCCGCGGCCGCCGCGCCCCGCGGGCCCGACCAUGCGCGAGCCGGCUCCCGGCUGCUGAGGCGCGGGACUCGGGGGCGGAGGCCGACCGCGCCGCGCUCCCCACGCUCCCCACGCUCCCGGCGAGUUCCGUCCGCCGAGCGGCGGCGGCGGCGGCGGCGGGAUGGAGCCUGCGACCGCGCCCCAGCCCGACAUGGCGCCGGCGCUGACCCCGGAGGAGGAGCAGUUCUCAAUAAUUACAGAGACUGCAAUUGAGUUACAAGAAAAAGUAUGCUUUGCCUUUAAGAAGCUUACGUGAAUAACAACAGAGUAAUAACAGUAACUUUCCUGAGCUCCUGCUUUGAGUCAGGCUCUGUGCUGGGCAUUUCAUAUAUAGUUAAUCCUUUUAAGACUGGAAUUACCUCAUUUUGCAAAUGAAAAAAACUCAUUCUGAGAGAAGGAAAUUGCCCAAGAUCACAUAGCCAGCCACCAAGCAGUUUCUUGAAGAGAUUAACAAGUGGACAGUUCAGUACAACGUUUCCCCUCUCUCUUGGAAUGUGGCUGUCAAGUUCCUCAUGGCCCGGAAGUUUGAUGUGGUCCGGGCCAUAGAGUUGUUCCACUCCUACCGAGAAACACGAAGGAAGGAAGGCAUUGUGAAGCUGAAACCUCAUGAGGAACCUCUCCGUUCUGAGAUCCUCAGUGGAAAAUUCACCAUCUUAAAUGUUCGGGACCCAACAGGGGCUUCCAUCGCCCUCUUCACUGCCAGAUUGCAUCAUCCCCACAAAUCCGUCCAACACGUGGUACUUCAGGCUCUGUUUUACUUGCUAGACAGAGCUGUGGAUAGCUUUGAAACUCAGAGGAAUGGAUUGGUGUUUAUCUAUGACAUGUGUGGCUCUAAUUAUGCCAACUUUGAACUGGAUCUUGGCAAGAAAGUCCUAAACCUUCUGAAGGGAGCAUUUCCAGCUCGUUUGAAGAAAGUGUUGAUUGUGGGAGCGCCCAUGUGGUUCCGAGUGCCCUAUUCCAUCAUCAGCCUCCUGCUGAAGGACAAAGUCCGGGAAAGGAUUCAGAUAUUAAAGACAUCUGAGGUCACACAGCACCUGCCCAGGGAGUGCCUUCCAGAAAAUCUGGGUGGGUACAUCAAAAUUGACCUCGCCACUUGGAAUUUCCAGUUCCUACCACAGAUGAAUGGCCACCCAGAUCCCUUUGAUGAGAUCAUCCUAUUCUCCCUCCCUCCUGCCUUUGAUUGGGACUCGGUGCAUGUUCCAGGUCCUCAUGCCAUGACCAUCCAAGAAUUGAUGGACUAUGUUAGCACCAGGCAAAAGCGGGGGAUAUAUGAAGAGUAUGAAGACAUCCGUCGUGAGAACCCUGUUGGCACUUUCCACUGUUCCAUGUCUCCAGGAAACCUUGAGAAGAACCGCUAUGGGGAUGUACCCUGCCUGGACCAAACUAGAGUGAAGCUUAUAAAACGAAGUGGCCAUACUCAGACGGAUUACAUCAAUGCCAGUUUCAUGGACGGCUACAAGCAGAAGAACGCUUACAUUGGUACACAAGGCCCUUUAGAGAAUACCUAUGGUGAUUUCUGGCUCAUGGUUUGGGAGCAGAAAGUCUUGGUGAUUGUCAUGACCACCCGCUUUGAGGAGGGCGGCAGAAGAAAGUGUGGCCAAUACUGGCCUUUGGAAAAAGACUCUCGGAUCCGAUUUGGCUUCCUCACAGUGACCAAUCUAGGCGUGGAGAACAUGAACCAUUAUAAGAAAACAACGCUAGAAAUUCACAACACAGAGGAGCGGCAGAAACGCCAGGUGACCCACUUUCAGUUCCUGAGCUGGCCAGAUUACGGUGUCCCUUCCUCAGCAGCUGCCCUCAUUGACUUCUUGAGAGUGGUCAGGAACCAGCAGAGGCUGGCCGUCAGCAUGGGAGCACGCUCCAGAGGGCAGUGCCCUGAGCCACCCAUUGUGGUCCACUGCAGUGCAGGCAUUGGCAGGACAGGCACCUUCUGCUCACUGGACAUCUGCCUGGCUCAGCUGGAGGAGCUUGGCACCCUUAAUGUGUUCCAGACGGUGUCCCGCAUGAGGACCCAGAGGGCCUUCAGCAUCCAGACCCCAGAGCAGUACUAUUUUUGCUACAAGGCAAUCCUGGAGUUUGCAGAGAGAGAAGGCAUGGUGCCCUCCAGCCACAACCUCCUGGCCGUGGAUAGUCAGUAACUGUCCCACAAGCCUCCUGCCUGCUGGCCAGCCUUCCUUAAACCACCCUGGACACGACUGAGCCUAUAGGCUGCGAUCAGUUCCACAGAAGCCUUGGACCAGCCUCUUGUCUUUCCCAGUGCAUGCAUACAAGGCGGCCUUUCCCGUUGGCCAGGUAGAUGUGGUAAAGUCGCCACUAGAAAGGGCCAGCAGCAAUGUGUUCUUAGUUCCUAGCACCUGCUAUCGAACUGUGCCUUAUUAAAACCAAAUUGUGGCUAUCAGUUUUUGCCAGGGGCCCUGAGGUAAGUGGGGAAGGAAACUUCCUCCCGCUUUCCCAGUACCAUUCUCCUUGUUGAGGUCUCUUUCCCAUUCUAUCCUUUUGCUAGGAUUUGAUGGGCAGAUUUGGUGAGCAUCUACCUUCCUUCACGAUGAGCGUGACCAAGUUACAUAUUCUGGAGAACGUCCCAAGUGCCAAGCACGGUAUACCUAGGGCGUGUAUUCCAGUCUUCUGUCAUUCUGUGUGUGUGUGUGUGUGUGUGCACAUGUGCGUGUAUGUGCACUUACGUGUAUGGGUCUAUAUGUACGUGUGUAUAUAAUACAUAUUGUAUGUGGUAAUAUGUUCAUAUUCUAUAAAUACAUAUACACAGAGAUACUCCUUUGUAAAAUUUCCUGGGGCUCCAUGUUACAGUGCUUCUUGGACCCUGCUGUUUAUCCUGGGCUAGCUGGGGUUGGGGACCACGUCUCCUGGCGUCAGACCACAGAGUGGGAGAAGAGGACACACGUAAUCCACUCUUCUAUGCUCCUGCCACAGGCCCUCAUCCUUACAUAAUGACUUAUCUCUCUCUAGGAUGCUGCCUGUUAGAACCAAGAAUACUGGUUUGUGGUGACAUUGGUUUAAUUCAGCAUGGAUUACCCUUAUCUAACGAUAUUUCUGUUUACUUGCCAAUUUUGGGGAUAGACCUCCACUGUGAUUCCAGACACUUUCUUUCCUCUCUCUACUUUUUGGAGAUUGGGGUCUGGUAGUAGAAAUAAGCUGGCUGAGCAGCCAGUGCCAAAAACAUUGGUACAAAGUCUUAUAAGGAAAGAGAGGGAGCCCAGGUAUAAGAGAGGGGAAACUGCUAUAAGAAUCCCUCCCUGGGAGAAUGAGCUGGGGCUUUUUUCUUCUGCUAGAAAGUUCCUUUCCUUAUACAGCUUGGCCCUGUCCAUUCAGAUGCCCAUCUCUUCCAGCCUACUAGACUGCCAGACCUUCGGGCUCAAGCUGGGUGGGUUCUGGGUCAGUAAAAAGUUGAACACUUGGCUGAGUGAGGCAGCCCCCUACAAUCACUGUUCGCACCCUUUUACCCAACUUGUCUGCUCUCUGCUCCUGGCCUACCCAACGUGAUGUGCUAGGGAUGGAAUUAAGAGUCCCAGCAUUUCACAUUCCCAAGAAAACCACAGGAACCCAUAGACCUUCCCCCAUUGCAGAUGAGGUUGGCAGCUGAUCAGACCUCAAUAAUUUUAUACUGUAAUAAGCUCUUUGAAUGUAUAUAUUCUUAUUUUUACAAUCUUUUCAUUUUGUAUUUAACAUCAAUGGACUGAGUCAGAUUCAGAAAAUAACUGUAAAUGUUCAUAUUCAAUAUCUUAUAGCGGUACAGUUUUGUAUUUACAUCUAAAUAUACCGACAUGAUCAAA